AUGGGCCCCGAAAAGCUCCCCAUCCCAGCAGCCCAGCUGAUCAGCAGCCGAGACCAUCUCGUUCCCGGUCAGCUCCUCGUAACAGAGCUCUUCUUCCGCGUCCCGCUCGACUACAAGCGGCCAUCAGGCGUAUCCAUCACACUCUUCGGACGGCGUGUGGUCAAGAGCAGUGGGGCCCCCGCUGACGACGGCGACGGCAAUGACAAUGGCAAUAGCGAUAAGAAGCGUUACCUGGUAUACCUCGAAGGCGGACCUGGAUUCGGUAAUUCGGAACCUCAGGUCCACCCUGUGACGCGCAUGGCCCUGGCAAAGGGGUACCAAGUCCUCCUUCUGGACCACCGAGGCACGGGUUUGAGCACGCCCGUGUCGGCCGAGAGCCUGGACCGCAUCGCGUCGGACAAUGUCUCCGCGCAGGCUGACUACCUCAAACUAAUGCGGCAGGAUAACACGGUGCGUGACCUCGAAUCAGUACGCCUGUGCCUGACGGCGGGGUGGUCCGAGUCCCGCGCGCGAUGGUCAAUCUUCGGCCAGUCAUACGGCGGCUUCGUGAGCAUGAGCUACCUGUCCAUGCACCCAGAAGGCCUGGAGGAGGUGUUUUUGACCGGCGGGCUGGCCCCCGUCGGCAAAACACCCGACCAAGUCUACAGCGCUCUGUUCCCGCGCAUCGUCCGCCGCAACGAAGAGUACUACCACAAAUUCCCUGAGGACGUGGCCGCCGUGCGACAGGUGGCCGCGCACAUCGAGUCGCAUGGUGGGCACGUCGCCCUUCCUUCGGGCGGCAUUCUGACCGUACCGCGCCUCCUCACGCUAGGUAUCAACUUUGGCUUUCACGGCGGCUUCGACAGUGUUCACACCACCAUCCUACGCCUCAAGGCCUCGCUUGACCAGCUGGGUUUCCUGUCCCGCGCCGCCCUCGCGCCCCUCGAAACGGGCACCCCUCUCGACUUCAACAUCAUCUACGCCAUCAUCCACGAGGCCAUCUACUGUGAUGGCCCCGGCGUAGCUUCCAACUGGGCUGCGUACCGCGUCGGUAGGGACAACCCCUGUUUCCCCUGGCUGCGUCCCGAUGCUCUCCCCAUCACUGUCACCACCAACAACAACCCCGGCGAGCAAGGGCAGCAACAGCAGCAGCAAACGCCCCUUUACUUCUCGGGCGAAAACAUCUUUCCCUUCCACUUCGUCACAUACCCAGAGCUUUCCAAACUGCACGCCGUGGCAGAACGCCUCGCCGCUUUUGACAAUUGGCCAGCCCUCUACAACAAGGAGCAGCUGGCCAACAACCAGGUCCCCGUCUAUGCUGCCUCCUUCAUCCACGACAUGUACGUCGACUUUGACUUUGCCCGUGACACGGCCAGCCUGGUCAGGGGAACCAAAGUCUUUGAGACAAACGUCAUGUACCACUCAGCUCUGCGGGCCAAGUCCGACGAGGUCCUCCAGCAGCUAUUCAAUCUCCGCGACGAUGUCCUUGACUAA